CCAAGCGGUGAUACGCGGCUGUGAUAGGAUUGCAGCUGUGCCCGCAGUCCUGUAACCUUCAGGUAGCUCUCAACUGGCAAGAUAACUACAAGAUUUGGUGGUUUUGCUGUGCUGUGGUUCGGUCUGCAACUCAUGACUUGGAAGAAGGGAAGUACACACUGAGACAAUUCAGUAGCUAUGACAAACGGCAAGAAGAAAGAUGGCAAGAAGAAAGGUGCCAGGAAGGAUGAUAAGAAGGAAGCUGUUGAGAAGUCAGAAGAAUCUUUAGAUACUACAACUGAUAGUGGCUUAACAACGCUGCCAGAUUUGUGGAGUGAGUCAUUGAGUGAAGAAAUUCCGGCAAUUCCAGAGGCACCAGAUAAAGAGGUAGAGGAACCACCAGUCCAGCCUGUUCCCGCCAUCCAUGAAGAGCCUGUUCUUGCUCAAGUGAUUAUAAAAAGCUAUGAAGGUGAAAAAGUUGAUGAAUUCUAUGAGGGCGAAGGAUUUAUAUGUUUUGAGGGAGGAAAUACAUACAAGGGUCUAUUUUCUGAAGGAUGUAUGAAUGGAGAAGGGACUUACACAUGGGCUGAUGGAGUAAAAUACGAGGGAACAUUUGUUAAGAAUGUGCCGAUGCAUAAUGGCCGUUACACCUGGAAUGAUGGCAGUGUUUACGAAGGAUCAAUCCAAGAUGGACUUAGGCAUGGGUAUGGAGUUUUCAGGAGCGGUACUCAUCCAAUUUCUUACAUUGGUUAUUGGUGCAAUGGCAAAAGACAUGGAAAGGGUGAAAUUUAUUAUGAUCAGGAACAUACAUCCUGGUAUUCAGGUGAUUGGGUAAAUAAUGUCAGAGAAGGAUGGGGAUUCAGACGUUACAGAUCUGGAAAUACCUAUUUUGGUCAUUGGAAGAAAAAUCUACAGCAUGGAUAUGGAAAAAUGAUAUGGCUGACAGAUAAGCAAGAGUACGAAGGAGAGUGGCAGUAUGGCUUACAGCAUGGUUCUGGCAUACACACAUGGUUUUUGAAGAAAAUGGAUUUGUCUCAGUAUCCUCUACGGAAUGAAUAUGUGGGAGAUUUUGUAAAAGGGGAGCGCCAUGGACAUGGGACAUUUCUUUAUGCUGAUGGAGCAGUGUACAGUGGAGAAUGGGUGCAUAAUAAGAAGCAUGGCAAGGGCAACUUUUUCUUCAAGAAUGGUCACAGAUUUGAAGGAGAGUUUGUAAAUGAUCGUCUCGUGAACUAUCCUGCUUGUCAAAGGUCUGCUGUGAAAGCCAAGAACCGGAGAGCCACUAGCCCAAGAAGACAUUCUGCCAUUAAAAGGACCAGAGUCAUUAAUGCCUUCGGAAAGACUUAUUUUCUGGGAUCAGAUAUUGAUCUGGAUUUAUCGUCACUGCUUGUCUUGUUCACAAAGAAAGACAGAGAGGAAGAAAUGCAACAAGUAGAAUUGGCUGUGUUGAGACAUAUUUCAAAAUUGAGAAAAGCCUACUGCUUCUACAGUACCUUAGGCUAUGCUCCUUCUUCUGAUGGCACUUACACCCUGACUAUGCUGCAGUUUUGGAGGUUUCUGAAGGACUGCAAAUUUCAUCUCUCUUCUGUAACUCUCGCUGAAAUAGAUCGACUGUUGAGAGGUCAUAAACCACUGAAGCAGAUACAUGAUCCAAGUGAUUUAUUACUGUUCAGAACAUUUGUAUCCUACCUUGUUCACCUGGCAUUUCAUAUCUAUCAUGAAGAGUACAAAGACAAAGUUCCUCAUCUGCAGAAGUGUUUCUUAGAAAUGAUGUCCAGGAAUGUUCUUCCCUCUGCCUGUCAUGUCCAAGGUAUCUUAUAUUCUGAUGAAGAAUUCACAUCUUUUGCCAUGAGCUACCAUGAGAAAUGCUGGGAAAUAUAUGGAGAUUUUUGUAGACCAUGUCCCAGAUCUCCAUUUGAACCCACGCUGAAGCUGAGGCAGUUCCUCUGGAUGUUGGAUGAUCUUAAACUUCUCAAUGAACAAUUAACUGCUCCAAGAGUUCUGGGAAUACUUGUCAAAGUUGCCUGCCUACCUGGCAUCUAUGCUGUCAACCUGGAGCUGGAGAUGGUUUUUCUGGAAUUUUUUGAAGCUCUUCUUGAAUGUGCAUUGGUGCAUGUUACUGAGGAUAUGAUCCUGAAGAAAGAAGCUCAAGAUAAUCAGAAAAGAAGUAGCUUUGAAAUCAAGGAGUUCUCCAAGAAAACCUCAGCUGCAUCUGUCACGGAACAUUUUCCACCUCAGCCGCCAAGCCCUUGUGAAGACACAAAGCCUGCUCAUCAACCUUCUCUACUGGAAACUGUUCUCUCAUUUUCCAUGACUCCUGGAGAAAGCAAAGAUGACGUGUCAUUGCCAAACAAGGAUGUAAAAGAAGAACAAGAUUCUUGUCCAGAAAAGGAAUUGAUAGAUGAAGCAAAAGAAGAUAAAGACGAACAAAAGGAGCUAUUUAGUUUCUGGAUGUGUCAGGUGGAAUCCUUCUUCACAACUAAGUUCUUCCCUGCGUUUGAACAUGAAAUAGUGCUGAGAAAUAAAAGAAAAGAAAAAAAAAAGCAGGAUGCUGAAUUAGCUGAUCUGAGAAAGAUCCAGGCUGAAGAGCUGGAAAGACUUAUUGCUGAAAAAGAAGUAGAAGAGGCAAAAAGGCAAGAAGCAGCUGUGAUACAUGGGAGUGUCCAGCCCAGGAAAGGAUCCUCGUCAUCUUGCAAGACACUCCUCCCCAGGAGAAGUCUCCAGCUGAAAAAAGAGGCCCCCAGGAGAGAACCCUCACAAAAGAAAAGAGGCUCACAAGGCAGCAGAGCCUGAGGAGGAAGAGGCAGAGAAGGCAGCACCCACAGGUACCCAGGCAACUGCUGACAAAAAGAAAAAAAAUAAAUCCUUUGCUGGUAACUGCUGAAGCUUCAAGCAAGCACUCUUCAAAUAAAAAAAACCCACCCCAAACCAAAACAAUUCCAGAAAACCCACACUUGUAGGAAGCUGUAAGAAUGGCUAAAUUAUAUGCACAAGAAUUGAUGGUUUCAGAGGAAGCAGUUUUUUAAACCAGGAUUUUGGGUAAAUCAGCAGGAAGUUACACAAUGCCAAUGAACACAGAUGCUUCUAAAGUGUAACAAUUAUUAGUUUUAUUUUUCAGCAAAAUAUUCACAUAACAUAUUAGAAUGGAAUGGUACAGAUGAAUUCAGACUGGUUUUUAAUUAGUUUGCACAUAAACAUUUUUAAAAUUUAAAAAUUUUAUGGUCAGAGUUUACAGAUUUUAGUAGAAAUUUUGAUUCUUACAAAGCAAGUAUUGCUUUACUAUUGUCAUUAUUCCAGUCAAUAAUAUGACUAAUAACUUCUCAUGUUGAACAAGUGCCUGACAUUGACAUCUUCAAUAAAUCAGCCCUUUGCAGAUCAAUCCAAGAAGAAUAUAUUAUUAAACUGUGUUGCACAAA